AUAUCUAGCCUCCAGCAGUCUCCUUGGCUGUUUCCCUAUGAGAAGCUAGAGUUUCUGGAAGAGUUGGGUUCGGGGGCAUUUGGAGUCGUCAAAAAAGCUCUGGCCCACAGUCUCCAGCCUGGAGAACCUGCUACUGUCGUGGCAGUGAAAAUGCUGAAAGACAAUGCCGGCCCAGACGAUGAAGAAAAGGACCUCAUUUCAGAGCUGAAA